UCUCUCAUCUCCCUGUUAUAAUCUGGACCAGGAAGUAUUUCUUUCCAUUCCUUUCUCUUCCCUCUCCUCUUUCUGGAAGCUCAGAGCUCAAUCUAUAAGUUCUUCGCCUCUGCACUCAAACUGACAAAAGGAAGUAAAACGAUGCCGUUCUGCAAGGUCGCCGAUCCUCAGGCCAAUACGGAAGGAGCUUCCGUCAAUGCCACCGAAAUUUUCUACAGAACUUAUGGUCGGGGAACAACCAAAGUCCUACUCAUCAUAGGAUUGGCGGGGACGCAUGAUUCAUGGGGGCCGCAGAUAAAGGGUCUGACGGGCAGUAAUAGACCUAACCAUGAUGAUAAAUUGACGGUCGUUGAUCAGAAUUCAGGCGAGGAAUGUGAUAGUGAAAUGGGCGGUGGUAUCGAGGUCUGUGCAUUUGAUAAUCGCGGUAUGGGUCGCAGCUCCGUACCCACCAAAAAGUCCCAAUAUACAACAAAAAUAAUGGCAAAAGAUGCCAUUGCCGUAAUGGAUCAUCUGGGCUGGCAAAAAGCUCAUGUUUUUGGCCAUUCAAUGGGGGCUAUGAUAGCUUGCAAGUUAGCAGCAAUGGUGCCUGACAGGAUUCUAUCUUUGGCAUUACUUAAUGUUACCGGUGGAGGUUUUGAAUGUUUUCCAAAGCUUGAUCGCCAAACUGUGUCAAUUGCAAUCCGUUUCUUAAAGGCAAAGACUCCUGAGCAAAGGGCAGCAGUUGACUUAGAUACCCAUUACACAAAGGAAUAUCUUGAGGAAUAUGUUGGGUCUAAGACAAGAAGAUCAAUUUUGUAUCAAGAAUAUGUAAAAGGUAUAUCGUCAACUGGGAUGCAGUCCAACUAUGGUUUUGAAGGUCAAAUCAAUGCUUGUUGGACACAUAAGAUUACGCGAAGGGAAAUUGAAGUGAUCCGCUCUGCUGGAUUUCUUGUAUCAGUGAUACAUGGCAGGUAUGAUAUCAUUGCUCAAUUAUACUAUGCCAGGAGACUUGCAGAGAAGCUGCAGCCAGUUGCUAGGAUGAUAGAUCUCCAUGGUGGUCAUUUAGUGAGUCAUGAGAGGACUGAGGAGGUCAAUCAGGGUCUUCAUGAUUUGAUCAAGGCAUCUGAAUCAAAGAUUAGCCCACACGAUUGGACAAAUUUGCCCCAGAAAAACUCUGCAGGUAUGAGAUGGAUAUCAUUUUCUAUGACAAGUACAGAUUGCUCGACAUUUAGCAUAGCUAAAAAGAUAUACCUAUGCCUAUUAUAUAUCUGUAGUCUCUUCUUGUUGGUGUUGGAGCAUGCACGAAGGGCUCAAAGGCGUCUAAGACCAGCCAGACUUGAGGCUUCACUCACAUAAGCUAAUGGUCAAGGACCACUCAUUUUUACAGGGUUUAUUAAUUUGUCAUCAUAAUGCAGCGACAAUGAACGGCAAUGUAAUUAGUUGAGGUUGGUGAAGAAUAAACAGAUACGUAAUCAGAUACGAAGUUACUAUCGACGAACGUUUGAAGUCGCCCACACACUAGCAACUGUGAUACUAACAAUUUAUACAUGUUCCCCCCACGGCCCACCCCCCCAACAAAAAAGGAAGGGGGGGGAGGGGAAGCAGAAGAGUAUAGAUGGUCUGGCAACUCAAGAACCAGAUGGGCAAAGAUACUCGUACAUUUUACCCACGUACACGUAUCGAGAAUUAUUUUUGUCGGUGUGUAUAUCUUGGCAGAACAAGAUGCAGUUUCUGUAAUCACAUAAGAAUGAUUAAACAGCAAGUUGAAAUAUUGAACCUAAAAUAGAACUGAGCUUACAACAUUC